UGCUCACACCGCUACACUCGCCAACCGACGGCGUCCCUGGCCCGACACCGCGUCCUGCAGGCUGUGACUGCUACCGCCACGGAAACGGGCACCACGUUGUCCAAGCACCGUCCCCUGCAGGGCCCCCACGCUUCCCCUACCGGCGCCGAGCGGGCCCAGGCCCGUCCCAGCUACGCAAGCCGGCGUGCCGGGCCGCGAGCGCGUCCUUGGCUGCGCGCCCCGCCGCGCGCCGCGCGCCGCUCGCCGGGGCGGAAGCCUGCGGAGAACGUUGGUGGCGCGCCUGCCGUGCACGCCCAGGGAGCUGGAGGCGGCCGGGCGGCUGAGCGCAGCUGGAGCUCGGGCCUCGGAGUGCGGGGCCGGGGCGCCGAGGCGGCCGGAGGGGAGCCUGAGGGGAGCGCAUCGCCCAGCCGGCGGGCGGGCCGCGCGCGGAGACAUGGCUUCCCCGCCCCUGCCCUCGGGGGCCACCACGGGAGACAGCGGGGGAGAGCUGAGCUCCGGGGACGACUCCGGGGGUGCGGAGUCCCCCCAGAGCCCCGAGCCCCUGGCCGAGCUGUUCGAGAAGGCUGCCGCGCACCUGCAGGGCCUGCUGCCGGUGGCCAGCCGGGAGCAGCUGCUGUACCUGUACGCCAGGUACAAGCAGGUCAAAGUUGGAAAUUGCAAUACUCCUAAACCAAGCUUUUUUGAUUUUGAAGGAAAGCAAAAAUGGGAAGCAUGGAAAGCACUUGGAGAUUCAAGCCCCAGUCAAGCAAUGCAGGAAUAUAUUGCAGUAGUUAAAAAAUUAGACCCAGGUUGGAAUCCUCAGAUACCCGAAAAGAAAGGAAAAGAAGCAAAUACUGGCUUUGGUGGACCAGUUGUUAGUUCUCUGUAUCAUGAAGAAACCAUCAGGGAAGAAGACAAAAACAUAUUUGAUUACUGCAGGGAAAACAACAUUGACCAUAUAACCAAAGCCAUCAAAUCGAAAAAUGUGGAUGUGAAUAUGAAAGAUGAAGAGGGCAGAGCUCUGCUCCACUGGGCGUGUGAUCGAGGACAUAAGGAGCUAGUCACAGUCUUCCUACAGUAUAAAGCCGACGUUAACUGUCAGGACAAUGAAGGUCAAACAGCUCUACAUUAUGCCGCCGCCUGUGAGUUUCUGGAUAUCGUGGAGCUGCUGCUCCAGUCUGGCGCUGACCCCACUCUCCGAGACCAGGACGGCUGCCUGCCGGAAGAGGUGACGGGCUGCAAAGCGGUUUCUUCGGUGCUGCAGCGGCACACGGCUGGCAAGGCCUAACCAAAAGACUGGGAAAGCACAGUCUGUAAUGGGGUAGGGCUUCAGUGUUGAAUGAAAGCUGCGAGAAUACUGCUUCUUUACCACCCGUCUUUGGUGUGCGUUGGCUAAUAAAAUCAGUUCUGACGAACUGGGA